AUGCAAGAUGGUAAUUCACCUUAUAUUGGUGGUUCGUCCUUCGGGCAAAAUCAUAUUGCUAGGUCAAAUUCGACUUCUGAUCUUUUCAAUUUAACCGCCGACAUACAGCAUAAAAAUACUCAUCCUAUGAAGAAAAUUUAUCAUACACAAUCAAUGAAUGGUAGUAAUUUUAACCAUCAUCAUCAUAAUAACAACACUAUUGUCGAUAAAGAUUUUUGUAUUUCAACAAAUCAUGCAACUAAAAAAAAAUUGACUCCAUAUCAAGUACAAAGACAAAAAAUGCAAAAAUCAUUUAUGUUUCCCAAUGGUGAGAAUUUUACUCCAAAGAGAUCAAAACAUUAUAGUAUGAAUUAUAAUGAUGAAAACUCUAAUUUUAUUACUCAUAGGAAUUCAUCAUCAACUUCAAUAAAUUCAGCUCCAACAUUUAAUUAUCCAAGAUCAAAUUCAUUAACAAUAACAACUAAUAAGAAUCAAACAAUAAUGAAACAAAAAAAAUUAUCAACUUGGUCAUUGAAUUUACAAGAUACACCAAUAGCACCACUAUCAUCAUCCUCUUCGCCAAAUGUUAUGAAAGAUAUAAUGGAAAUUAAGGCUCAAUCUCCUGUUAAUUCAAAGAAAAGUAGUGAUAGUGAUAAUUCAAUGAAAGAAGAUAAUCAAAGUAAUAACACACUACCAACAACAAAUUCCGAUAUCGAAGUCUUACAAGAAAAUAUUGUUAAACCGAUUGUUUUGUCCGACAAAAUAUCUUCUCCAUCAAUCGAUUUAACAACUAAUGUAUCGUUAUCCUUAGCGAAGACAAACAGUAAUGUAACUUUAUCUAAACCUUCUGAAAAAACUGAACCGUUAAAAUUAAGAAAAUCAUCAAAGAGACCUAAAACAUCCUCUUCAGAAAGUUUACCUGUUGUAAAAGAUGCAGAAAUACGAAAGAAGAAAACUUCUUCUAAUGGAUUGAAAUUUGGUUCCUUUUUUAAGAAAUUAUUUGGUGGUAAUUCUUCUUCGAAUGAAAAACAUAAGAAGAGAAAACUUAAUAAAAGUACAAAAAUGGAAACAAAGUCGAAUCCACCAAAAAUUGAAACAGAUUUGGAAAAAUCAUCGCCAAUCAUUGAAGAUAUAACAUUAUCUCUUGACAUAGAAAAUGAAAUUGAUGAUAAUUUAAUGGAUACUGAUUUAAUAUUCGAUAGUAUUUUACUAAAGAUGAAUAAUGGAAAAACAACCAAACCAACUACUAAAUCCAAAAAAGUUGAAAAGUUAACUGUUUUGGCCCCUAGAUUAGAAAAUACUUCAUUCGAAAAUUCUUGUGAGGACCCUAAUUUUGUUGAUCAUAGUCUUGUUAAUGAUUUUGCCAAAUUAGGUAAUUUUAUCAACCUUUCCAUAUCCGAUGAUAUUAACCAACCUCCACCGAGAUCUUCCAAACGUCCUACCCUUGAAUCAAAGAAGACGGCAUCUGAGUUCUACAAUGCUCAACCAAAUAUCAUUAAAAGAUUGCAAAAUGAAUUCGGUAUUGUAUUAAUAGGCGAAACACCUUCUAAACAAAUUUCUUCCAAAACCGAAAGAUCAAUCUUGAAGAGGUCAUGUCAAAAGUCAACUGUAGAAAAGAAUAAUAUAGGCGUUCGAUUUACAAAUGAAGUUUAUUUAACUAACACAUAUUCAUUAUCUGAAUACGAGAGAAAAGAUAAAGGUUUCAAAAAGAGAAUGACCUUGCUGAUGCAAAGAGAUAGAACUUUUUUUGAUAGUGUCAAGAAAGAACUUAAUUAUUACAAAAGUCAUGAAAUGGCAGUUCAUCAGGAUAUGAAACAGUUCACCCAGUUUUUUGACUAA